AAUGCUUAAAUAGAACAGCUCCUGGCUGUCAUUGACAUUGUAUAAAAGCCAAGAUGACAGCCUGAGAGGACCAAGCCCUUGUUCUGACAUUCUCCCAGGAGAAUGUAGAAAAGGGGCUGACUCAACAUACGGCAGAGAAUUUCAUCCAGUUCCACCCUCCAUCCUGAUCCCACGUGUCAGGAAGAUGGAGCCACGCUUCCUGAUGUUGGGGUUUCUCUCAUUCACCAUAGUACCCAGCUGUCGGGCAGAGCUGUGUCUGUAUGACCCUCCUGAGGUCCCGAAUGCUACAUUCAAAGCCCUCUCCUACAAGAACGGCACCAUCCUAAACUGUGAAUGCAAGAGAGGUUUCCGCAGACUAAACGAGCUGAUCUAUAUGCUUUGCUUGGGAAACUCCUGGAGCAACAACUGUCAGUGCACAAGCAACUCUCAUGACAACUCAAGAGAGCAAGUUACACCUCAACCUGAAGACCGGAAAGAACAACAAACCACAGAAAUGCAGAAAUCAACACAGUCUGUGCACGAAGAGAACCUUGCAGGUCACUGCAAGGAGCCCCCUCCAUGGGAACAUGAAGAUACCAAGAGAAUCUAUCAUUUCGUGGAAGGACAGAGAGUUCACUAUGAGUGUAUUCAAGGACACAAGGCUCUACAGAGAGGUCCUGCUACCAGCAUCUGCAAGAUGAUCUGUGGGAAGACGAGGUGGACUCAGCCCCGGCUCACAUGUGUAGAUGAAAGAGAACACCAUCGGUUUCUGGCUAGUGAAGAAUCUGAAGAAAGCAGAGACUCUUUUCCUGAGAGUGAGACUGCCUGCCCCAUCACCACCACAGACUUCCCACAACUCACAGAAGCAACUACAACUACCACCGAGACAUUCGUGCUCACAAUGGAGUAUCAGGUAGCAGUGGCCAGCUGCCUUUUCCUGCUCAUCAGCAUCCUCCUCCUGAGCGGGCUCACCUGGCAACACAGAUGGAGGAAGAGUAGAAGAGCCCUCUAGCAAGCUAGGAAAGUCAAGAGCCCAAGGGAAGCUCGUGGGCAUCAGGAAGCUCAAGCAACAUCUGAGGAGUCAAACAUUCACUCAGCAGGUGUUUCCUUUUGAUCCCUUGGGUUCCAGAAGGUUCCAAAGCUGCGGGACACAACAUCACAUCAGGAAAUGGAACUCCAUCGCUAACCAUUGAAGAGUCGGGUCUAACUAUUUCAAUACAGCAGUUCUAAAGCUUUAACGGGAGAGAGGGCUCAACAGUGCUCUGUGUGUUUUGUUUUCCUGUAUGUGUGUUGAUGGAGCUGAAGUGCUGUGGUCACUUUUCAUGCAAUAUAUAAUAUAGAGACAGUAGCUUUAGGUUGACUUCACUGUUACGAGUCAAUCUUGAAAGCCCAAGUAAAGCCCAGCACUAAUGUAAAUACUUCCUCUUCAUCCUCCUCUUCCUCUUCCUCCUCUUUCUCCUCUUCCUCCUCCUUCUCCUCUUCCUUCUCCUCCUCUUCCUCCUCUUCCUCCUCCUCUUCCUCUUCCUCCUCCUCUUCUUCCUCCUCCUUUUCCUCCUCUCUUUUUCUUCCUCCUCCUUUUCCUCCUCCUCUCCUUUUCUUCCUCCUUCUCUUCCUCCUCCUCCUCUUCCUCCUCCUCCUUUUUCUCCUUCUCCUCCUCCUCCUUCCUCCUUCCUCCUCACCUGUCCCUACCCACCCCCACCCAUCCACGUUCCUUCUUCCUUUCUGGUCUCACAAGCUCAUCCUAGCUAUGUGGAUACAUAGCUGGCUUCUUUCUCAACUUGUUUGCUUAACUGGUUCUUCUGAUUUCAUCACAUACUGAUUAGCCUUUAAAACUCUGGGCUGGCAAAGGUGACUCUAUGUUCUUAGUUCAAUCCCAAAAGGAAACCCCCUAUCCAUUGAAGCUUCUGUUUUGACAUCCUGAAGACUAGAAACUGGCAGAACAAUGUUUGGAUAACAUCACAACACAGUUCCUGGAGACACAGCAAGAACUGCAGAUCUUCAAUAUUCAGAAGCCUGUGUCUAGGGUCAGUACCAGGAGCAGAAUGCUAUACAAAGUCCCAGGACAAGAUCUCUACGAAUCAGAUGCUUUACCAGCAGGCUUGACCAAGAGCUGGUUUCUUUGGGAUGGUUGUCAACUCUACUCUCAAUUUAGCCUGCACUAAUCUGAUGCUUACAGGUGACCACCCAAGUACAGAUAUGAACUUGGUAUGUAUGAAAACACUGGAAAGAAAUGAAUACUUUAAAGUUUAUGGAAGGGAGAAAGAAAGAAGAAGGCAGAGAUAGUGAUUAUACAAAAGAUUAAUUAUAGACUGGACAUCCCAGGCCUCCUCAGAUAAUGCCCCCCUCAGCCUCUCAGUCCAGAUCACCAGGAAGCCUGGUGAAAACAACUGCAGAGCCAGCCUGUCUCCGAGUCAGCAAAUGUAGAAUCUGGAUUUCUCAGAAGUUUCUGGGUGGUAUCUCUCUGCUGGUCUCUAGACACACUUUGUGAGGUACUGGGCUUCCCCUGCGUGAUCCUCUCUUCCACUGCUACCAAAAGCCCCCGGUUUCUAUGUGCAGGUUCCUGAGAGCGUUCCUCUUCAAUCUCUUCUGUAAGAUUUCCUCUCAGGCGAGUCCAGUCAGAUGAUCAUGUUUAGUAGUGUUUUGGGGGAUUCACAAGAAGCUUAAACUCUCAGUUUUUGUUUCUGAAAAGGCUAGAAAGUGUUAUGAAAAAAUUUCAAAGGUCAGACAGAGCCAUUUUGAGUCUUUUAUGUGACUAAUAUGAACCAGACUUAUCCUACCUAUGGUCUCCUCUUUGCAAAACAUAUCUUUUGUGGGGGUGUGACAGGAAGGAAAGUUAAACAGAAUCUCAAACUACUAAUUUUAGAAAAUAAGAAAAAACAUUAAAAUCUUACUAAAGAGCUGUGGGAACCUCUAAGCCCAGCACUCAGGAGACUGAGGCAGGAGGAUCACAGUGAGUCUGAGGUCAGCUUUACCUACAUAGCAACACUCUGCCUUCCUCUCUUACUCUCCCUUACUCUCUCCAUAAAAACAGUCUUACUUGUAUGAAAUUAAAGUUUAGUGUGUAUCUGUGCACCAUGUGUGUGCCUGGUGCCCUCAGAGGCCGAAGAAUAUGUUGGAUUUCCCUGGAGGUUAUGAGCUGCCAUGUAGGUGCUGGGACUUAAACCCCUGUCCCCCCAAAAAGCAGCUAGUUAGUGCUCUUAACCACUGAACCAUCUCCACAACCCCACUAAAUUGAAUUUUAUUGUCCUUACUAUAUCUGGGAGAUGGGGUUAUGAUAACAAAAUGUUUUUAUAAUACUAAGAUGUUUAACUAUUUUACUCUCCUUCACAAGUGGUGUUGAGUGGAAUUUUCUAGAAGCUACAUGCAUGUGUUAAUAUAUAAUGGAUUUAUCUUGUUGUUUAUAAAAUAAUUAAUAAAUGAUAUUUUAAAUUUU